AUUCUGGCUCUCUCUCUCUCUCUCUCUAGGCGUCGAUGACAGCGCACCGUUACUUACUGGACACUCUCUCUCUCUAACCUCUUUCUCUUUCUAAAUUCCAUUUUCUCUCUCUCUCUCUAAAUCACAUGGCGCUCUCUCUCUAAACUCUCCUAUCGUAUUUCACUCUCUAAAUCGCAUUGUUGUUUCCUCCGUAACCCAAAGCCUCGAACCACCUCAAACACCUAAAACUCUCUCUUUCUCUCUCCUGUAUCUGAAACCGCAAAUUUAUUUGUCAAUCUCUAUAAGCGGUUCACCUUAAACUCUCUCUCUGUCCCUAUAUAUCUCUGUGCUCUCUUCGGAGAGGGGCAUUGUAUUGGAGCUCUAUUUUCCGGCGACUGCUCGCCGGAAAAUUGGACGUUUCGUUUUUGGAAGUUGAAGCUUAUGAAAAGAGCUUGAAAGGAGUCAUAUUAGGCCGCCUGGCUUUCUUUGACAGGAUAGCCUUCGACAUCUGUGAUCCAGCAAAUCUGAAGAAGUUGGAGGAAAGUCUUCUCGCUCUCUCUUUCUCUAAGCGUUUGAAGAACAUGGAUCAUUGGCAAGCUCCAUUUGCAGGAGUCGUCAAAGAUGUCAAUGGAAGAGCUCUGUGUUAUAAGCAAGAUUGGAAAGUUGGACUCUGUUCGGGCUUCAGGAUAUUGGCUCCCACACUCUACAUUUUCUUUGCAUCCGCUUUACCUGUUGUUGCCUUCGGAGAGCAACUCAGCAGAGAUACAGAUGGUUCCUUGAGUGCAGUUCAAACACUGGCGUCAACUGCUAUCUGUGGUGUUAUACACUCGAUCUUAGGUGGACAACCCUUGUUGAUAUUGGGUGUUGCAGAGCCCACUGUAAUAAUGUAUACAUACAUAUAUAACUUUGCAAAAGGAAGCGAUGAUUUGGGGAGGUCCCUGUUUUUGCCUUGGGCUGGAUGGGUUUGUGUUUGGACUGCUUUGCUGCUGUUUCUUUUGGCGGCUUUCAAUGCCUCUUCUACAAUCAGCAGAUUUACAAGGGUUGCAGGAGAGCUCUUUGGCAUGUUGAUUGCGGUUCUUUUCUUGCAACAAGCCAUCAAGGGAGUGGUUGGUGAGUUUGAAGUGCCCAAAGGUGCCGAUAAGAGUUCUUCUGCCCAUUUGUUCCAGUGGCUAUACAUGAAUGGAUUAUUGGGGAUCAUAUUCUCCUUUGGCCUUUUUUUCACAGCCCUAAAAAGCAGAAGGGCAAGGUCAUGGAGAUAUGGCGCAGGUUGGAUGAGAAGUUUCAUUGCAGACUAUGGUGUCCCUUUGAUGGUUGUUCUGUGGACAGCACUGUCAUAUAGUGUACCGAAGAAGGUUCCUGAUGAUAUUCCUAGAAGGCUAGAUAGUCCACUUCCUUGGUCGACCACUGGAGCUAUGUCUAACUGGACCAUAAUGAAGGACAUGGGGUUGGUUCCGCCUCUGUACAUAUUUGCAGCAUUUAUCCCAGCUAUGAUGAUUGCUGGUCUCUACUUUUUCGACCACAGCGUUGCAUCACAAAUGGCUCAGCAAAAGGAAUUCAAUCUCAAGAAUCCAUCUGCUUACCACUAUGACAUUUUGUUGCUAGGCAUCAUGGUCUUACUAUGUGGUUUACUUGGGCUUCCUCCUUCAAAUGGCGUUCUCCCCCAAUCGCCCAUGCAUACUAAGAGCCUUGCAGUACUCAAGAGGCAGUUAGUCCGCAAUAAGAUGGUAAAGAGUGCCAAAGAAAGCAUCAAACUUCAAGCAAGCAACUCAGAAAUUUAUGGGAACAUGCAAGCAGUUUUCAUCAAGAUGGAUGACAAACAAUCUGCGGUUUCUGAUGUGAAAGAGUUAAAGGAAUUGAAGGAGGCAGUAAUGGGAAGCAAAGAGGGAGGGGGAGAUCAUGUGUUUGAUCCUGAGAAGCACAUAGAUGCGUACUUGCCUGUCCAGGUGAACGAGCAGAGGCUGAGCAACCUGCUCCAGUCGGUGCUGGUGGCAUGCUGCCUGGGUGGGAUGCCGGUGAUAAGGAUGAUACCCACUUCUGUGCUCUGGGGCUACUUCGCCUACAUGGCCAUCGACAGCCUCCCUGGCAACCAGUUCUGGGAGAGGUUCUUGCUCCUCUUCAUUACACCAAGAAGGAGAUACAAGGUGUUAGAAGGGAUUCAUGCUUCUUUUGUGGAAUUGGUGCCAUUUAAAUACAUUGCGGGCUUUACAUUGAUGCAAGUGGUUUACCUACUCACCUGCUUUGGAAUCACAUGGAUCCCGGUUGCUGGAAUCUUGUUCCCCAUACCUUUCUUUUUAUUGAUACUCAUAAGGCAACGCUUGCUACCUAAGCUCUUUCAUCCCCACCAUCUCCAUGAACUUGAUGCGGCAGAAUAUGAAGAGAUUGCUGGUGCUGCCCAUCCUCAUCGGGAUCCUAGCUUCAAGGAGAGAGAAAUGGGGAUGGAAAGUGACGAGGAUGUGUUUGAUGCAGAAGAGAUAUUGGAUGAACUCACCACAAGUAGAGGGGAGAUUAAGCUAAGACAAACGAGUUUCAGUGAAAAUGACACCAGACAUUUUCAGGUACACCCAGAGGAAGACAUGCAGGGGCAUUGAAAGAGUGGCGAUGGAUAGCGACAUACAAAUUUUUUGUAGUUGACAAAUUUGGUGGGCAACAUUUGUCCAAUCAAAAGACCAAACAGAAUUGAAAAGAAUAGAUACGUAGAGAGACUAAAAGAAAAGAAAAUGUGACCUGAGAAGCUCUCUCACUCUUAUUUUAAACCUCCCAUUAACUACCACUGGCAUGGGAUAAAGAAAAAGUUGUUGUCUUCCUCUUUAUUAUUAUUAUUAUUAUUAUUAUUAUUAUUAUUAAUAAUUAUUAAUUGUUCUUUUUUUUUUUUUCUGUUUACUUUGUACUUUUUUAUGUUGUGGGAAUGUAUACAGUUGUCCUCUUAUAUUGGGGAUAAUAUGGUGGAUGCUGGCUAUUGUGAAAUCUAUCUGUUUGUUGUACGGACUGUUAAGAAUUUUGAACUUUGGCCUUUAAGUAUUAGGUAAAUAAAA